AUGCAGCAGUUGGCAUUUGAGGCUGAUGCAGACACGGUUCCAAAAGGCUUCCUGGCUGUUUGUGUAGGGAAAGAGCUCAAGAGAUUCAUCAUUCCCACCCAUUACCUGAGACACCAAGCAUUUGAGAUGUUGCUCCAAGAAGCCGAAGAGGAAUUUGGUUUCCAGCAAGAGGGUGUGCUCAAAAUCCCAUGCCACGUAUCACUCUUCCAGAAAAUUUUGAAGGCUGUGGAAGACAACAAACAACCCUUGCUGCAUCACUCUGGGUUCGAUGGAGACAAGGACACCAUUAGUUUUUACGCAUCAGAUUGUGAAGUUACUCCCCCUCAUCAUCCUCAAACUUGUACAUAG